AUGAAAGCCAUCAGCCCGGUGAGAUCCGUGCGGAGCUGCUACGAGGCCGUGUGCUGCCUCUCGGAGCAGAGUUUGGCCAUCGCCCGGGGGGGCAGCAACAAGAGCCCGGCUCUGGAGGAGCCCAUGAACUUGCUCUACGAUAUGAACGACUGUUACUCCAAGUUGCGGGAGUUGGUGCCGGGAAUCCCGCAAGGCACCAAGGUGAGCCAGGUGGAGAUCCUCCAGCACGUCAUCGACUACAUCUUCGACCUCCAGAUCGUGCUGGAGGAGGGGGGGACCAAGGGUCGCGACCCCUCCUCCGAGGCCACCCUGCUGUCCCUCAAGGUAAGGGCUGCUUUGGGCUCUGGGGGGGUGGAUGGGGUGCGGUGA